AUAAUGGAAUCAAGUGAUCACAUAUUCAUCAGUAAAUUAGAAAACAGAGUCAAUGAUGUGUUAGUUAGCUUCGACGGAUCUAACCCUCAAUGUAUGGCCAAACUGAAGGAAAGCAUUCAUGUUCAGAACGAGGAGUCUCGAAAUAUGGGCAACAGUACAAAUUCACGUUGCAGAGCUCAUCCCAAGGUUCACCUACCUUUUUAUAGGAAUACUCGAAGUAAAUAAGGCGACUCCUCGCAAGGAUACUCAAAUGAAGACUAAUGAAUCAAUGAAUGAAAGUAGUACACAAGAAACAGAUCGUCAGAGCAGAAUUCCUUAUAAAUUUAAGCGGCAAUUUAAGACUCAUCUAAAAGGAAGAAUUGAUGGUAACUGCACUCUCAACCCACAUUCAAAGAAUAAUAAAUUUAUCUUCAUCAACAACUUGGACCUUUUGGAGGAUACUCCUGCGAAACAGGAGAUAACCAAAAAGGACCUUCUAAGCAACUUUAGCAACUCCUGUUUCUCGCCUGAACCGAGCCACAGGAGGAUCGAAAGUAGAUUAGAUGAUAAAUCCUCCCUCAAGGUAAUAGAGUCGAUCAAAAAGAACGUACAGAAAUUCCUGAUCCCUAGUGUCGACAUCGAGAGGCAAAGAUUUGUCCCCACAAGCAUUAUCAAACAUAACAAAGUAGCUUAUAAUAAUCCAAGAUAUCCUUCUUUCUCUGUGCCAAAGCAAAGAAAUGGAGCUAUCUCGAGUGACCCAAGCUUUAAAAAGACAAAGCUCGACCUUAGCAGGUUUAAAGGGAAAAUCAGAGUCAACACACGUCUGCAGCUCCAAGAGGACCCUGAUUUCAUCGAUCCUAAUGUAAAUCGGUGUAAGAACAACUACAGCGUAGUUUGUACACCAACUGUUGCCCUCACAAGUCAGGGUAUUCUACGUAAUGAUUCAGAAACCAAGAAUAGGACUAUUGAAUCUAGAGAAAAAUCAGUUAAUUCAGCUACCUUUAAACUCCCUCAGUUAAGUACCAGGAGUAAAAGAAGAGCAAAGUACUCUACCAGUUCUGCUAGAAAAAAGCUACCCAAGUGCUUCCUCAUGGAAGAUGAUGACUUUGAGUCUUCUAGAAAGUCCAUAAACUUGAGCUCCAAAAGGAAAUCCAAGGAAGAGUCAAGAUCGAAGAAAAGAAAAUUAGCUCAGCUACGAAUCUCCAAUUUAGCAGAUUACGACACUGAAAGACUUCUCAAAGCCCAGAUCUGCAAGAAGGAAUGGAACGAUUCUCUAAGAUUUGGGCCAACCGGCCCAAACUGUUUCUAAUCUCAGUGCAGAAUAGAGAGGAAAGACAUUAAGCUGUUUGGCAGAGAUCUGGAUUGUCUACAUACCCACUAUGCAUUUCUUUCAAACAAAGACAAAUGUUCCUCACUUAAGUCAAGAUUUUUGAUGCUAACUACUUUUCUCCAAAAUUUUAUCUAUUAAACUUAAGAUUUUCGUUAUUCGAAACUCUAGAGAAUUUCUAUGUUAAAUUAAAUAAAAUGAAAUAUGUUCGAAGAUUUUUACUUCUUAAAUGACUGGGACAAGCUGUUCUUUAGCACUAGCGAUUAUUGACACACUCAUUGGAUGAAAAGAGUGAAAGCCAGGCUAGACAUCUACCAGAUCUCACCUUGAGCGUACCAAAACAUUCUGGAAGCUAU